AUGCCGAUGAGGGAAGGCGGUAGAAUGGGUUAUCUCGCGCGAUACGCCAUCUUUUUCUUAGGCCUGUGUUGGGUCGUUCAGCCCUCGGUUUCGGGGAACGAAACUAAUAUUCUCAGGCUGAGCAAACCCUCCAGGAUAUCGCACGAUGGGGGGAAAUUGGAGAUCUUGGACUCUGCCGAUGGCUCCAAAAAUGAAAGCAGGACUCCUAGCAAACCCCUCGUCGAGUUCAGCAAGAACAACCCGGAACUCGACUGGAAGAAUCAGCUGCACAUGGUCGCGAACCACGAUCAAGUGCCCAGGGACCUUGACGUCGAUUUCAUGAGGGAGGAACUUCAGAAGACUGGAAACAGCAUCCAGUGGCUGGCGGAUCUUUACGACCCUCUGAAGUGGACCAGGGUACCCGGGAACCUCGGAGAGUCCUGCAGGAGAGACAUGGAGUGGUAUCUGAGGGCUCUCGGAAGGGGACAUCUAUGGGCGGCCAAGAUGUCGGAUGCCAGCGGUCGUUACUCCUCCCAAUUCCAUUUUGGAAACGGCUUUUGGCUCGGCUCGAGCGCGCUCUGCAAGGAGCUCAACACCACCGUGUCCCCGCAUCCAACGGGUGACGCGGAAGACGCUCCUCCGUAUCCCCUCAGAUUCCACGUGGCCAGAUUGUACUUGACCUUACCCAACGACCUGAUGCAAUCGACUCGGCAAGUAUUUCUGGGACUCUGUCUGCCGGGGACGUGCGAUCGGACUUCCUUGAUGUCACUCCUCAGGGCUUCUGCCGACAGAGUAGAGCGAGAGGGAAACGCAACUCACGCAACGGGUGGUCCUAAAGUUCACAUAGUCGCUAUCAAAUCAAUCCCAUCGAAUGACUAUCACAUGACAUCGGAUCCGAAAUUCUACAUUUUGUUGGGCAUCGGAUGCACCAUCCUAUUUCUCAUGCUCUGCGCCUCGAUAUACCAGAAUAGGGGAACGGAACAGGGAAGGGACAUCGAAUCGCCGUGUGCACGGAACAACAACGAAAGGAUCAACAGUUUCCCAGACCGGAACAUCCCUGAAGAGCGGAGGAUCACGAUGGUCCAGGAAAACGGCAAGGGGAUGACGAAAAAGAGCAACAAAUCGGAGAAGACGCAGACUGCGGAUGUCGCAAAGCCCCAGGUGGAGAGAGGGUUCUGGGUCAGGUUCCUGCUGGCUUUCGACCCAGUCGCGAAUGGCAGCAAGAUUUGCAGCACCGAGCUUGCUCCUGAAGACAGCCUCACCUGUCUUCAUGGUCUCAGGUUCCUGUCUCUCUCAUGGGUCGUCAUGGUCCACACUUACCUGCAAGUAUUUUCCAUAGCAGAGAACAAGACACUGCGUACUGUGACCGAAAGGAAUUUCAUGUUCCAGACCAUCAGCAACGCCACCUUUUCCGUCGACACGUUCUUCUUCAUAAGUGGUUUGCUGGUCACCAUUAUUUAUUAUCGGUCCCAGAGAGAUGCGAGGAAUGACAAAAAGAAUUUCAUGGCAUCCGGCUUCAUGAAGUUCGUCGUCAUGAUCGUGUAUAGAUUCGUCAGAUUGACGCCUGCCUACCUUUUCGUCCUCGGGCUGAACGAGAUUUUUAUGAAGCAGGCUAUGUCAAGAACGGUCUUUUCCCCUGCGAUUUUCGAUCACAUAAAUUGCGAGAAGUUCUGGUGGAGGAACGCGCUCUAUAUUAACUCACUUUAUCCUCGCACGGAAAUGUGCAUGCUGUGGAGUUGGUACAUGGCGAACGACACGCAAUUUUAUGUUUUGGGGAUCUUCCUCUUGAUCCUGUCUAUCAAAUUCUUCAAAUUCGUCGCUGUCAUCAUAUUUUUCUUGGUGACUUCCUCUUGGUUCACUACCUUUACGAUCGCCUAUAAAAAUGAUUACAUAGCCAGGAUCCAGGAACCAUUCGCGCUUUUCGACGAGUUGUACGACAAGCCAUGGUUGAGGGUAGGUCCCUACUUUGUCGGCGCCAUUACCGGAUAUAUCCUCUUCAAGACUGACUGCAAAUUCCGCAGUCCUCUGAUAAUCCGAGUGAUAGGCUGGCCCGUGUCGCUGGUCGUGAUGUUCUCCGUUGUCUAUGGACUUUAUCCAGGAAAUAUGACAGUCUUUUUGAGCUCCAUUUAUGCAGCUCUUGCACAUACAGCUUGGGCCUUGGCUGUAGCUUUCAUAGUCUUCCAAUGUUGCACCGGAUCAGCUGCUCUUAUCAAUAAACUAUUGUCGUUGAGGCUGAUGUAUCCUCUAUCUAGGUUGACUUACUGCGCCUAUUUGGUGCACCCUGUCAUCAUGAUGAUCACCAGCAACAAAAUGGAUGGACCCUUGCACCUGCACAAUGAUCUCGUGCUGAUCGUCUUCUUCGGGAACCUGGUGGCUUCUUAUCUGAUGUCGUUCUGCAUUUCCAUCGCUCUGGAGGCGCCGAUAGUGAACUUGCUGAAAACCGCACUGAUGGGGAAGAAGCGGGCGAGGUAGAAACCAAGUCGACGGUUUUCGCACGUCCAUUUAAGCGCAAGAUUCGCCUCGGAUUCGAAAUUCGAUUUUGCGCCCGGAAUCGAAAUGGACCACCACCAACGUUGCCUGUAUCUGCAGCGAAGCCCAAACGGAAAAUGGUGCUCGUGAACGCAGAUUUCAACAUGGCUCGGUCAGAUGCAAAUGUAAUGGGAUGUUGACCGCACGCGGCACGAAUCCGCGGUUUCCGCAACGCGUCCGAUAACGCACCGAAAAUGGCCCGAUGUCAGUGCGCUUCGAUGACAGCCUUGACAGCUUGUCAAUGAAGAGUUAAAACGGCCGAAAAGUCGAGCCUUUUCGGGAAAUCAGGAUUCCAAUAUGGCCGCCAAUUUUGCCACCGAUGCGCGACCUUAUAAUUUAAAGCCUUAUUCGGAGCCUCGUAAUUUAUGCGCGCCCCGGGAAGAAUUUUGCCCCCUUAAUUAAAGGCGACCCGACGUACGUAUCACGAAAAUUAAGACGUAAAUUUAAGGAAACCUAGAGAAAAUAAGCUAUCUCGAUGAUACCCUGAAAAGAACGCCAUCGAACCGAGAGAAUGUUUCUUUGAAUAGUACCAAAGAAAUAUUUUCAUAAUUCAAAGAAUAUUGAGUGGAAAGAAAACUCGAAUAAAGUGAAUGCCACGUUUCCUCGGAAUUGUGGCUAUUUAUUCUUUGGGUUAAUAAAAUAUUUCCUUGGUUUAGUAACAUUUGUGUUUCUCAGUGCAGGAAAAGUCGAUUAUCUAUGUGAUGGAGAGAAAUGAGAUCGAGCGAUUUAAUUAGGAAGGGCUUAAUGACCUAGGGGGGAGAUUUCCUCCUUUUUAUCUCUUAUCACCUUGC